CCAGUUUGUUACUCGGGUAUUGUGACGUUCUAAAGGUUCCAGAACGUUCGAACUUCAGUUCAGUAAAUCGCUCGCGAAUUCACGAAGUUCAAGUACUUCAGAAAGGUGUAAAGUUCAAUAUUUAUGAUGUCGGUUACAACGACUGUCUCUAUGUGCCAAAGAAGAAACAAAAAGGUGGUCUCAGCAAGAGCAUUAUUGUAUACGGAGCUGGGGUACAUCGAAUCCCUGACUGAAAAGAGCGCGGAUGCACUCCACCAGGUUUGCCUCAGUGAUGGGAUCACCAUUGUGGACGUAUUGGCGGGGAACUACCGAGGGAGAGGAGUCUCAAGAGCAGCUGUAGAGGAGGCACGAAGAGAACUAGAAAGCGACACGCACAUUAAAGGGGACCCAAAUCUGCGUCAGUGGCGUCCGGAUGGAAGACACGCAGUCUUCCUCCACAAGAAUGCCACACAAGCUGUCCACCAGGAUGGAGACAAGGCAGUAGACGAUACAGCAGACGAGACGCGGCAGGGUUGUGAGGAUGCAGAGCAUGAGGAAUGCCCGGCAAACAGAACAGAACUGGACGGCGCCGGUGAUGUGGCAGAUACAACACAAACAGAGAGGGAGGAUAGCAAUGCGGCAAGAGGAGAGAGAGAAGAGGAGAAUAGGUGCCAAAGAAGAAACAAAAAGGUGGUCUCAGCAAGAGCAUUAUUGUAUACGGAGCUGGGGUACAUCGAAUCCCUGACUGAAAAGAGCGCAGACGCACUCCACCAGGUUUGCCUCAGUGAUGGGAUCACCAUUGCGGACGUAUUGGCGGGGAACUACCGAGGGAGAGGAGUCUCAAGAGCAGCUGUAGAGGAGGCACGAAGAGAACUAGAAAGCGACACGCACAUUAAAGGGGACCCAAAUCUGCGUCAGUGGCGUCCGGAUGGAAGACACGCAGUCUUCCUCCACAAGAAUGCCACACAAGCUGUCCACCAGGAUGGAGACAAGGCAGUAGACGAUACAGCAGACGAGACGCGGCAGGGUUGUGAGGAUGCAGAGCAUGAGGAAUGCCCGGCAAACAGAACAGAACUGGACGGCGCCGGUGAUGUGGCAGAUACAACACAAACAGAGAGGGAGGAUAGCAAUGCGGCAAGAGGAGAGAGAGAAGAGGAGAAUAGGUGCCAAAGAAGAAACAAAAAGGUGGUCUCAGCAAGAGCAUUAUUGUAUACGGAGCUGGGGUACAUCGAAUCCCUGACUGAAAAGAGCGCAGACGCACUCCACCAGGUUUGCCUCAGUGAUGGGAUCACCAUUGCGGACGUAUUGGCGGGGAACUACCGAGGGAGAGGAGUCUCAAGAGCAGCUGUAGAGGAGGCACGAAGAGAACUAGAAAGCGACACGCACAUUAAAGGGGACCCAAAUCUGCGUCAGUGGCGUCCGGAUGGAAGACACGCAGUCUUCCUCCACAAGAAUGCCACACAAGCUGUCCACCAGGAUGGAGACAAGGCAGUAGACGAUACAGCAGACGAGACGCGGCAGGGUUGUGAGGAUGCAGAGCAUGAGGAAUGUCCAGCAAACAGAACAGAACUGGACGGUGGCGGUGAUGUGGCAGAUAUAACACAAACAGAGAGAAAGGAUGGCAAUGCGGCAAAAGAAGAGAGAGAAGAGGAGAACAGACAGUGUGCGGAAAGUGGAGAGAGAGAAGAGGAUGAGAGAAAUGGUGCGUCAAGCGGAGAGAGAGAAGAGGAUCAUGAGAGGGUGUGUACAGAAGGCAGAACGAAAGAAGAGCGGCCCACACAAGUACCAAGAGCCCGUAGAGGAAGACUUAUGUACCUUAGGAGAUUUAUAACUGGCAUAGGCAAGCGCCUAAGAAAAAGUUUUCAAUGUUGUUUAAAAACCGACACAAUGGGUUGAGUUUGGAAAAGAUCUAAUUAAUACAUCUGAGCUGUUACGUCAUGUUGUAUCUUUUAAUGACGAAAUUUGUAGAAAAAGAACCAAAAACAACAAAAAAAGCAAAUGGUGGUCCAAUCAGUCACUUGGACUGAACAGGACCGUAAUGUACGUAGAUGUAGAAAAGAUGCUACGCCAUGAUGUGUCAGAGUUUACUUAUAUUUGGAGACACAAAACUGUUAAUUAGCUUGUUUUUACUCUCGCUGGAGGACCGCUAGGGGCGUGACUUGAGAGAAGACACCUCGUGUACUAA